ACAAGUAUUGCUAUCUGGUGCGCCCGACAUAGAAUCGUGUGCUCAAGGUGUUGUGUGUUGUUUAUGUGUAACGUUUAUGAAAAACGGUUACCUAUAUAGUGAAUGAAUAACAAUAGAAAUAGUUACGUGGACAAGUUUUGUGCCGCUAAAAUGAUCGAUGAUCUCCUAUGAUGGGGCAAAGGCCAUUGUAGUCUUGCUGUAAGCAAAACAAAUGGCUCACUCUGACUUGGGUGCUUCGCAGGCGACCACGGCCGACCAGGAUCACGGGGCCACAUCGAACAACAGUCAUGUGCCUAAGCAAACUGUGCCGAGCAUAUAUCCCCUUGGAACCUCGCGAAACCCGCAAGCUCAAGCCACGACAAUGGCUCUAGAGCAAUACCGGCUGCAGCUGUACAACUACGCCCUUAAUAUUGAACGAUUUAGAUGCCCUCAAUACGGUGGCACCGGAGGCGCCGCCACAAGUGCUCCAUGGCUGCAUUUAAGCCCCUACGGACCCCAUAUAUCGGGCAAUAUUCCAGCAGUCAAUCGAAUGGCCGCGCUCUCAACGAUUUCACUCUUCCCCCAAUCGCAACGGAUCUUUCAACCCGAGGAGCCUAAACCGCAACACAGUUACAUUGGUCUUAUAGCCAUGGCCAUUUUGAGCUCAACAGAGAUGAAGUUGGUCCUGUCAGACAUUUACCAAUAUAUUUUGGAUAAUUAUCCGUAUUUUAGAAGCCGCGGUCCGGGUUGGAGGAACUCCAUCAGACAUAAUCUCUCAUUGAAUGAUUGUUUCAUCAAAUCCGGUCGCAGUGCAAACGGCAAGGGGCACUACUGGGCAAUACACCCGGCAAACAUGGAUGAUUUUCGCAAAGGCGAUUUCAGACGUCGCAAGGCUCAGCGUAAAGUCCGAAAACACAUGGGUCUGUCGGUAGAUGAUGCCAGCACUGACUCGCCCAGCCCGCCGCCCUUGGAUCUCACAACCCCACCUCCGCCCAAUUCCCAGUCGGCACUGCAACUGUCGUCUCUGGCAUAUCCUUACCACCAUCAGUAUAUAGGCCAGUUCUUUAACCGCAACUCAGCACCCGGCCUGUCACAGUACUGCGCAGAGCCUGCAAUUGUGAUGCAACGACAGCAGGCCAACCAGGUGGAUCAGGCGAUCCAACCAGCCCAACUUCAGCAGCAACAUGGCCAGCAUCAGCACAUUGCUUAUAUCAACUCCACCACGACAACAACCAUUGCAAAUAUGUUCUCGCAGACACGGAAGCGCCAGUUCGACGUGGCGUCGCUACUGGCACCCGAUGUGCAGAUCGUUGACAUUGUCUCCGAAGAUCAAGAGUCCUCUGUCAGGCCAUCGAGCACGGCGAGGACUACGACUCAAACGCACCACACAGUCAUCACCAAGCAAACCAUACACCGGGAAGUGGUCUUGGGACUGGAACAACCUGUGACUGAGGCAGACAUUGACACUGAUGUCGAUGUAGAAGUGAAUGUGGAUGUGGUCGACGAAAGCAUCAAUCCAGAUCCCGAUGCUUAUCCGGAGACGGAUGACCAAGAAAAUGGCAGAGGAACCGUGAAGCAAAUAUUCUCCGUGGAGGACAAUAACUCGUACCUUAGCGACGGCAGGCUGUCUUCGUUCGAUGCCGACCCCGACCACGAUCCCGAAGACCUUGAACAGCACAACUAUUCAAUUUCCAGCUCGGCAGCAAGGUCCUUGGGCAGUAGCAGUAGCCAACACGAGGAGUCCAGCUCACUAGAGGAAUGUCCACUGGCAGAGUCCACUGCAGGGCCCUUGACUGUAGCGAGACCGCCCACCCUUACAGCAGCCAUUCCAAAUGCAUAUAUUGAACUCAACCAUGUUGAUCCCCACAUGCUUAGUAGGUACUACGGGACAUACAUGGCCGCCGCUGCCCGAAGAGCUAGUAUAGAGGCGUCGAAAGCAGUAAGGCCAUCCUCAAUAACGCCACCUCCGAAAAUCGAAGUAGUCUCACGGAAGUAAAAGACCGUAGUAGAUUCUGUUGCAACGUAAUCAAAGAUGUGGAGAGCCAAUGUCCAAAUAUAUAACAAAAACUGACGACCCACCCUGCAAUACAAGUACAUACCUAAACCUCUAAUUAUUAACUAGGGUUCUUUCAACGUAGUUUUGUAUUUUAACAAGCAUUAAUAAAUGUUAAACUAUUGUUAAACUUCGUAGAUGGCAAAAUAAAUUAGGUGACUUAUCUUGUAUAAAUCCAGUUUACUGUAAAUCUUACUCAUUUCGAUAAUAAAGUAACAAAGCCCAAUCUUCAGAAAGACCCCAGUUGGAGUA